UAAACCAAGCUUCAAAUCUCCUGCUGUCACUACCUCUGAAACCCUAGCAUCCUUCUCUUGGGAGAUUUGCUUCAACACAAAAACCCCCCAGAAGGCUUGAUCUUUUCCCUCAGCCAAAAUGGGUAUUUCUCGUGAUUCCAUGCACAAGAGGCGUGCCACUGGUGGCAAAAAGAAGGCUUGGAGGAAGAAGAGAAAGUAUGAGCUUGGAAGGCAACCAGCAAACACAAAGUUGUCAAGCAACAAGACAGUCAGGAGGAUUAGGGUUCGUGGUGGAAAUGUGAAGUGGCGUGCUCUGAGGCUUGACACUGGAAACUAUUCGUGGGGAAGUGAGGCUGUGACUCGUAAGACCAGAAUUUUGGAUGUGGUGUACAAUGCAUCCAACAAUGAGCUGGUUCGCACUCAAACUCUGGUCAAGAGUGCUAUUAUUCAGGUUGAUGCUGCUCCAUUCAAGCAGUGGUAUCUCCAGCACUAUGGUGUUGACAUUGGUCGCAAAAAGAAAACAGCAGCAGCAGCCAAGAAAGAAGGAGAGGAAGGUGAAACUGUUACUGAGGAGGUGAAGAAGAGCAACCAUGUCUUGAGGAAGCUGGAGAAACGCCAGCAGAAUCGCAAGCUUGAUCCGCAUAUUGAGGAGCAAUUUGGUAGUGGUCGUUUGUUGGCUUGUAUCUCUUCAAGGCCUGGUCAGUGUGGCCGUGCUGAUGGGUAUAUCUUGGAGGGCAAAGAGCUGGAAUUCUACAUGAGGAAGAUCCAGAGAAAGAAGGGAAAGGGAGCUGCCUAAAAUUUUGUUACUUGAUAUAUCAUCUUUCUCAUCAGAAUGGCCUUUUUCCCUUGCUUCCACCUUUGCAGAACAUUAAGAUUGUGUUAGUGUUGAACUUGUAGUUUGAAUGUCAACUAGUGUGUCCUAUUCAUGAGUAUUAUUUUUUGUAUUUGAAGUUAGAUGAUCUUUAACUUUAUAAGUACUGUUUUUGUAUUUAAAGUUAGUUUUUACUUGCUUAACUCCUUUGCUUUAUCUAGCAAGUGGUAUUAUAAACUAGAUUUCUACU